CCCAUUUCCGCGAAAAUGCCGAGAUGAGAAAUGUCCCUGGGCAACUUACGGGACAAGUUGUCCAGGGAGACCAGACCUGUGACAGGUGUCAUCAAAUCCGCAAAGACAUGCCAAACGAUGGUCGAGCCCCCUGAGAAGCUGAACCAAGCCAUCAUGGUGUCGCCCCUCGUUGCGAGCGCCCCCUCGAGCCCCAAGCACGGCAUCGCCCCGGAGACCAGCGCCGAGGGGAUGAAGAGGUCCAACAGCUGCAUCGAGAACAAGUACAAGUGCACCAUCACCUCGGAACGGCUGAGUCGGCUAAGGAAAAUCGUCGAAACCGCCGUUAAGGAGCACAAAGUCUUCACCAUAAAAGGUGGCUGGCCUGUGAUUCGGCGCGAACUUCUCAAGCGCAACUGGGUCGAGAAAUACGAGCCAUCAGUCACCAAAGCCAAAUCUUCGACUGCCCCCAACUCUGACGACCUCGUCAGCAACCUCCCCGUCAAACACGACUGGGAGUCGCCUUCAGCCUACAUCGAAAAAUGUGAGAAAACAAUCAUGUCCCGCAUGCUCCAAAACUUCGAUGUUGACUUCUACUGGAGCAUGCGGAAAGACCAAGCCGACCUCCUCCACCGCUCCAACAGCUACAAGCUGAUGAACCGCUUCAGCAAGUCACUCUUUGCCUCCAAAGAGGGUUUAGCACUCUUGCUGCAGCAACAUUACUGGUUCAGCGAACCGGGGGUUUCCUCGGUUAACUUCCCCAGGUGCUACGUUUUGGGAUUUCCGGAUCAUUUUAAUAAUUUCGUCGAUGAUUUUCGGACGACUGCUUGUAUGGGAAUUUUGAAAUGGUUGGUUCAGAAAUACGAUACUGAGAAUAAGUUUGGGAUUCAGUCACCGGAAGGGCAAGUGCCGUUGAAUACGUUACAGUUUGCGAUCGAUCGUUGUAAUCAGUUUAUCGAGUGUCAGAAACAUCUAGACAUUGAUAAGGAAUAUCCGCGGAUUUGGGACCAUGAAUGGGAGCAAUUUUUGGCCAAUUAUUACACAGUCAUGCACAAAAAUGGGCUUUUUGAUACUUCCGAUGUUCAUCCCUUAACCAUGUAUUACAUCAAAGCGAAGAAUAUUCUAAAUGAGUUGGGGAAAUUUUGGCCAGAGUUUGGAAUGGAUGGCAUGAGGAAUGUCUGGAUCCUGAAACCGGGGAACAAGUGCAGAGGAAGAGGAAUACAGCUGGUGAAGACAAUAGCAGACGUGGAGAAAGUGAUGAAUUUGAAGCUGAAAUACGUCGUACAGAAAUAUAUAGAAAAGCCGCUCCUUAUCCACAAAACAAAAUUCGACAUCCGCCAGUGGUUCAUCGUCUCAAACGUCCAACCCUUGACAAUCUGGAUGUACCGUGAGAGUUAUCUCCGCUUCAGCAGCCAAAUCUUCACUUUGGACAACUUCCACGAAUCGCUCCAUCUCACCAACCAUGCCGUCCAGUGCAAAUACACCAACGUGGAACAGCGAGACAAAGCCCUACCUCAUGACAACAUGUGGGACUGCCACACGUUCCAAACUUACUUGAAACAAAUCGGAGCUAAAGAGAAAUGGAACGAAGUUAUUUUGCCGGGAAUGCGUGAAGGGAUAGUCUGUGCCAUGUUGGCCAGUCAGGACGUCAUGGACCGCAGACAGAACACUUUCGAGAUAUACGGCGCUGAUUUCAUGAUUUCGGAAGAUUACAAACCCUGGUUGAUUGAAAUUAACUGCAGUCCGGACUUGUCGCCUUCCACAAGCGUGACAAGUCGGAUGUGUCCACAGUGCAUGGAAGACAUCAUCAAAGUUGUGAUCGACAGGCGAAGGGACCCAACGGCAGAGACGGGCCUUUUUGACCUGAUUUAUCGGCAAACCUUACCUCGGGUGCCCCCUUACUUAGGGAUGAAUUUGUCCGUGCGAGGUCGCCGGAUUUUCAAAACCAGACACAGACACAAAACGCCGCAGAAGGAACGCAAGGAGUUUGACAGCAGUGCCCAAAUGUGGCUCAACAGAAAACACGAGUUUGUCAAAGCCGAACUGAAGCGAAGUCUGACGGCUCCAGCGCCCACCAAUUUGCCGAAAUUGCCGAGUCCUGGCCUGUACAAAGGCCCAGUGAUUGAGGAUUUGAUCGAUGAUUUGAGCAAGUCGAUCAAAAGUCCCAAAAUCGUGAACGUGGACGUGAUUAAAGUACCGAAGUCGGAACCGGUGAAGAAGAAAUGCGAACAGAAGAAUAAGCGUGAAAGGAAAGCAAAACGCAAAAGAAAACAUUAAGUUUGAGGAGAGUACCGAUAGAACUAGUAGUUAUCUGAGACUUUUCAACGAAUGGGCAUCGAGGAACAAAUCUUCGGAGCGGGAAAAUUGCAUGUGGGAACGCGAAACUGCUAGUAUUUUGAAGGGGAAAAAUAUUUUUAACGGUGCACCCAGCGAUGAUGUUAAUAAAAAUUGCGUCAAGUCGA